UCCUUUCAUAUAACCCACUAAUCAAUUACCUCCUACUCCUCUCUCUCUCUUUCAACAACCAAGAAGCGAGACACAGAGGAGAGAGACUUCUUUGUUUUGCCUCUCUGGCUUAUAUAUUCAGACACUGUCUUAACAUAAACAAAACAACACAACACAAAAAUUGUGUUCUUUUGACUCUUCUUUUCUCCUUUUAAGACAUCAAUGGCUGGGACUGGAAUUUUCACAGAGAUUCUAGACGGAGAAGUCUACAAGUACUACUCUGAUGGAGAGUGGAAAACUUCUUCCUCCGGUAAGAGUGUGGCCAUCGUUAACCCAGCCACGAGGAAGACACAGUACAAGGUUCAAGCAUGCACGCAAGAAGAAGUGAACAAGGUGAUGGAGAUGGCUAAAUCUGCUCAGAAGUCAUGGGCAAAGACACCUCUUUGGAAAAGAGCUGAGCUUCUUCACAAAGCUGCUGCCAUCCUCAAGGACAACAAAGCUCCCAUCGCUGAGUCUCUUGUCAAGGAAAUUGCUAAACCAGCCAAAGAUUCUGUCACUGAGGUUGUGAGGUCUGGAGAUUUGAUCUCUUAUUGUGCUGAAGAAGGUGUUAGGAUCUUAGGUGAAGGAAAGUUUCUGCUCUCUGAUAGCUUUCCUGGUAAUGAACGUACCAAGUACUGCCUCACUUCCAAGAUCCCACUCGGUGUGGUUUUGGCUAUUCCGCCAUUCAACUACCCUGUCAAUCUCGCUGUAUCAAAGAUCGCUCCUGCUUUGAUAGCUGGAAACUCCCUUGUCCUGAAACCUCCAACUCAAGGAGCUGUUUCUUGCCUUCAUAUGGUGCAUUGCUUUCACUUAGCCGGUUUCCCAAAAGGUCUCAUUAGCUGCAUCACUGGAAAAGGCUCUGAGAUUGGCGAUUUCCUCACCAUGCACCCUGCUGUUAACUGCAUUAGUUUCACUGGCGGUGAUACCGGAAUCUCAAUCUCCAAGAAAGCUGGAAUGAUCCCUCUCCAGAUGGAACUUGGAGGAAAAGAUGCAUGCAUUGUCCUGGAGGAUGCUGAUCUUGAUUUAGUGGCUUCCAAUAUCAUCAAAGGAGGAUUCUCCUACAGCGGGCAGAGAUGCACUGCGGUUAAGGUAGUCCUAGUGAUGGAAUCAGUGGCGGAUGAGCUUGUUGAGAAGGUGAAAGCUAAAGUGGCGAAACUCACGGUGGGACCGCCGGAAGAGAACUGUGAUAUUACAGCCGUGGUGUCGGAAUCCUCAGCUAAUUUCAUUGAAGGAUUGGUGAUGGAUGCUAAGGAGAAAGGAGCAACGUUCUGUCAAGAGUAUAAAAGAGAAGGUAACUUGAUUUGGCCGUUGCUUUUGGACAAUGUCAGACCGGACAUGAGGAUUGCUUGGGAGGAACCUUUCGGUCCUGUCUUGCCUGUCUUGAGGAUCAGUUCGGUUGAGGAAGGCAUUAAUCAUUGCAAUGCUAGUAACUUUGGCCUUCAGGGAUGUGUGUUCACUAAAGACAUCAAUAAGGCAAUGCUGAUCAGUGAUGCAAUGGAGACAGGAACGGUUCAGAUCAACUCUGCGCCAGCUCGUGGACCAGACCAUUUCCCUUUCCAGGGACUAAAGGACAGUGGAAUAGGAUCACAAGGUGUGACAAAUAGCAUCAAUUUGAUGACCAAAGUGAAGACCACUGUCAUUAACUUGCCUACACCCUCAUACUCUAUGGGAGCCGGUUUCAUCUCACGACUGUGAUUGAAGCACAAAGAUCCUUUUGAUGAGUAUUUGGAGUUUAUAACUUUUAGCUUUUUCAUACUGAAAUAAUGAUUUGGGACCAGUCUCAUCGAUCUCUCCGAUGGAAUAUUUUUAUUAUAAUGAAAAGGACGUCGAAUUUAUUAAAACAGAA